AUGACAACAUUUGAAGAUUUUGAACUUCCUUCCACUUCUUUCAAUGGAAUUAACUACAAUGGGUACAAUUCAUCGUUCAAGACGCAUGAUUUCCCACAUGAACAAUCCAUGAUCCUUCCUGAUCAAGAGCUUUAUACUUCUCCACAACAAAUCGAGAUUUCUACUAGUCCCCCAGAGCUUUCUUCUCCGUUCUCCGAUGAAAAAGUUUACAAGAGUUUGCCAAGGAACAAGUGUCCAUCGAAGUGUUUGGUCUGCCGAAAUCCCGCGAUCGGAUACCACUAUGACGUACCAUCCUGUAAUGGAUGUAAAACUUUUUUCCGUCGAACUAUCAUCACUGGACGGAAAUUUGAAUGCACAAAGAAUAGGGUUUGUAUGGAAGGGACAGAGCCAGUUGAUAUGUCAAAGAGACUUUGUCGUGCUUGUCGAUUUGCGAAAUGUGUGGAAGUUGGAAUGAAUCCAAUGGCAAUCCAAGCAGAAGUGAAGACUGAAGAAGGAAAAGUUCUGAGAAGCGAAGUUUUGAGUCAAAGAGAAUCUAUGGGAGUGGUUUCAUCUUUGAUGGUAACAGAAGAAGAUUUAUUGAGUAGAAUGAUUGAGAAAUUGACAUUGGUGGAGAGUAAGAUUGAACCAUUACACCGUUCAGGAGUUCCACCCGGAUAUAGAGACAUUCGAAAGCUGGAAGAAAUUUUGGACUCUAAACCAGUUUUUAUUAUUUCUGAAAUUCCGAACUUGAAAUUUUGCCCAAUGCCUUGCCCGAAAGAAACUAAAGAAAAACCACACCUUCGUCGAAGAUGCACAAACUAUGUGCACAGCAGUUUCUUGGCAUCAAUCGAGUCUUCGAAAAUGUUUGAUUUCUCGUCGCAGAUCAAUCUGGAAUCCAGAAUGCUUCUGAUGAAACAUGCUACUGUUGUAUGCUCCAAUAUGAUGAAUGCGUUCUUUUCAAUGAAUGAAAUGAAAUCAGAUGUGCUCCUCCAUCCCGAUGGAUCUAUUAGUGGACCAAUGCACAAGAAGGAUAGAGAAACCAAUACAAUCUCUGACCAUGUUAGAACACUUCAGAAGACGUUGAUAUCCUUCUUGAACAAUAAAAUCGAUAAGAUUGAAUAUCUAUUAUUCAAGGCAAUAAUGCUCUGUAACCCUGCUGUACCAGGACUAUCCGUUAUUGAUCAGCAAAUCAUUGAAAAAGAACGAAAUCAGUACGUGAAAUCUCUCCUCAACUACUGUCUUCUCCAACAUGGAAAACUACACGGACCAGCUCGAUUCGGUGCGAUUUUGGCACUUGCGCCAACUAUUGAAAACCAGUCAAAACUGCAAAAAGAUUUCCAUGUUUAUCUGAAAGCCCGACACUUUCAAAAACACAAAGAAAUGGGACAUACUGGCCGGAAAUGCGUUAGUUCCAUGUUCGAUCAAGUUAUGGAAUCUUAA